UUUUUUAAUUUUUUCAAAAUAGAUUCAAAUACCAAAUUACUUCAAAUACCUCCUCCUUUACUAUUGGUAACCUGCCCUUCAAUGCAAGAACCAGAAGAAGGCGAAAAAUCUGCCGAAGAAGUUAUUGAAAAUAAGCAAAAGACUAAUAAUAAUAGCGAAGUUGAUGCUCAAAUAACAUUGAAAUUAGCGGCACCAGAUGGUGAGGGAAGUGAAAGUUAUUCGGACGAGGAUUAUUCUGAUGAAGAAUUUUCUGAUGAAGAUGAAGAUUAUAGUGAUGAGGAAGAAUGGGAAUCUGAUUGGGAUGUGGAUGAGGCAACGGUUUGCCGUACUUUGCAACUCUCUGGUUAUGAAUCUGAUUUUGAAUUGCCUUUCGAAAGGCGUGAGAAAGUAGCGGAACGCUUGUCAGAAGCUAAUGCUCUACCGCCACCAGUAUUUACAGCAUCAAUAAGUUAUGAUGGGAUGAGUGAUUCUUGGGGUACUUCAGGACAGUCAUAUUCUGAUGAGGGAACAGGGUCUGGUAUUGGCGAUGAUGUAGAAGUUGGUUUCACUUUAGUUCAACAAGCAGCAAUGCGUCCAUCCGACGAAGAGGAAUACAGUACAACAACAAGUGGUACUUACUCGAGCGAAACAUAUACAUCCAGUUCUUUUGAUGAAGAAAGUGAAGAGAUUAGUGAUGAUGGAAGAAGUUAUACUAGAAGUAGAUCAUUGGAUGAUAGGAGUAUUUCCCGUUCUUAUCGUUCUUCAACUUCUGGCGAAACUGCUGAAAGUGUACAUAGCGGUGAAGAUGUUUUAAUUAAAGUAAAAGAAGAAGAGAAAAAAGAGGAGCCUAAACUAGUCAUUUUACAAUCUGUACAACAAGAUGAAGAAAUUGCAGAAGAACCGGAAGAAAUGAUUCUUGAUAUUGAUACAAAAAUAGAAGUGAAAAAACCAAAAGUCUCGGAAGAGUCGGGACAUGAUGGAAAUAAAAAGAUCAGUCGUGAAGAAACCUAUGUCCGUGAACAAAAUCUAAAAGAAGGACGUGCAGAGGAAUCUGCUCGCCAUUUACCUGGGCAAACAAAACCAACAACAGAUUUUGCCAAAAAAGCAGUUGUUCAACCAAUGGCAGAAGCUAAAGUCAAAAUUGGUGAACAAACAAAAACAAUACAAGCACCGUCAAAGGAAGAAAUUGAAGAGAAGAAAAGGAAGGAAGAAGAAAGGAAGAGGAAAAUAAAAGAAGAAGAGGAAGAAAAGAAGAGAAAAGAAGAAGAAAGGAAGAAGAAAAUAAAAGAAGAGGAGGAAAGGAAGAGGAAAAGGUUGAAGGAGGAGGAAGAGAAAAGAAAGAAAUUGGAAGAGGAAGCGAAGGCUUUAGCAAAAAAGAAGGCAACAGAAGAAAUGAAGAAAAAAACAGCUGAAGAAGUAGCAAAGAUGGUCGAAUCUGCCACUGCCAAAUCUCGUCCACGUUACCAACCUUCUGAACCUAUUCUUCCAAUUGUGUUAACUCCAAAUGAGCCAAUAACAUACAAAAGAUCUACACGUUUAGAGCCAAAAGAAGAGGAUGAAAAGAAAAAAGCAGAAAGACAACAACGAGCAAGAACUCCAAUUCCAGUACAUGAACCUGAUGACGAAUUCGAUAAGCAGAUGACCGAACUUCGAGACCAAAUACAUAAAGAUAGGCGCAAACUUCAAAGUGAAUAUCGAGAUGUCAGUCAUGGAUUAAAAAGUGCAACAGCUGAAGUUCGUCAACGAACAAAGGAAGCGGAGCAUCAAUUUAAGCUUGACAAAGUUAGCGAUACUUUUAAAAAGGCGGAAGAAGAGAAGAAGCGGCAAAGAGAAUUAAGACAUUUAGAUGAAAAUAAAAAUAAAAUUAAAGAAAAAGAUGGGAAAGAAAAGGAAAAGAAGAAAGAAACAAUUCCAAAUCAAGAAACAAAACUUAAAUUAGCACAACAACAAAGACCUGAACCUAAAAAAACUAUUAGAAGGGCAGCUAAACAACAAAUACAAAAUGAUGUUUCGACAGCAGAAUCAUCAUCAAAACUUUCAGAAUCUACUAAAGCUGCAGAAAAAAGAGAGAACUUGAGACGUUUAUCUCCACAAAAGAGAGCAAGUGGUGAAAAAGUUGAAGGAAAACGCAAAACAGAAGAAUUAAUGAAUUUUACCACUACUAAAGAGGAUUUGACAAAAUCAGAAGUAAAAGGAGGGAAUGUAGUUGUAGAAGUUGUUGGAAAGAAAAAGACGAGAUCAGAGAAUCGGCGAAGGAUUUCACGCCGUGGACAUUUACGUAAAAUCUUCACAAGACUACCUUGUGACAUCGACGAAUUGAUGGGCUGGAAGGGACACGAUUCUUUUGAGAAGAUGGACGCAUUUUUCACUUCACGGGAAACAGCUAAACGUCAAAUAAAUCCUUCCAAUGGAAAAGAACCCGCCCCAAAACGAAGAGGUACAGAACCACAAAAAGUUUGGAUUAGCGAACUACAUGACAUUGACAAAAUCUACAAAAUGAGUGAAUUAAGAGAUAUUAAACUUUCGGCAGGUGCAUGA